AAAACAAGCGCACCCAGAGCACAUAAACCCACCCAGAUCAGAAGCAGCGGCUACAGGCGGAGAACAACAAACGCAGUGUUAUUGAAUUACGAAAGAAGCGCAACCACCAGCCAUCAAUUUACCGCUGUGAUGGGGUGGUUAUUAAAAAUUGGACUUCUGUCCCUGAUUAUUAUGUUUCUGCUGAAUUUUGAAUCAACUUGUGCUAAAAAGGGCAGUAGCAGCAGCAGUGGAAAGAAAUCCACAACGUCCAACCGAGGAAGUGGAACCCAAUCAAAGCCAUCAAACUCUCAGCCCGGAAACUACCCUGGACAGCAGAGCCCCAAUCGCAACACCAAUCCAUAUCCUUCUGGAGGGAAUUACCCGUACCCUGGAAGUAAGAAUACUAAUCCAGGUGGGCAUAACAGGCAAAAUCCACCAAGUUAUCCAGGAGCAGGGAGCAACCCAAAUCAGUAUCCAGGAGGGAAUCCUGCAGGAGGUUACCCUGCAGGAGGAUACCCUAAUCAACCAGGAAGAGGAAAUUAUCCAAAUCAGAACCCAGCUGCUGGCGGCUACCCAGCUGCAGGAGGCUACCCUGCAGGCGGAUAUCCUGCAGGCGGAUACCCUAAUCAACCAGGAAGAGGAAAUUAUCCAAAUCAGAACCCAGCUGCUGGCGGCUACCCAGCUGGUGGAUACCCCAACCAAGGCAGAGGAGGGUAUCCUAACCAGUACCCUGCUGGAGGGAAUUAUCCCAAUCAGUACCCAGGUGGUUACGGCGGUGGAUACGGUGGUGGUUACGGCGGUGGAUAUGGUGGUGGAUACGGUGGAGGAGCAAUUGGCGGUUACCCUAACUGGAACCCAAAUAAUAAAAUCCUCAGCCCAAGGUUCGGUGGCGGAGGUUAUGGAUAUGGUGGUUAUGGCAUGGGAGGAUCUCCUUUCUCUCGUUCUGUGCAGGGCAUGGGAAUUCAGCCCAAAUCAACAAGCUUUGCCAAAAAAGCCAUGGUAGCAGCAGGUGUCGGUGCAUUAGCUGGAAUGGCCGUUGGUUAUGGGCUAGGGCGCUUCCCUCGACCACAUUUUGCCUUCCGUAACCCCGAAGAAGAAUACUAUUACAACAACUACAUGUACCGUCGUUAUGGGACCAAGUCAACGGAUGAGAAAGACUAUGGGCGGGACUAUGUCUACAAGCCUCCUCCACGGGCCAAGACCUACGAGAACUACAUGAAUGAGUGCAUGAAUCGCACUGACCUCCUCAAAGACCAAGGCUCAUCCAACAGUGGAGCAACUGAUGAGGAUAACGACACCGUGAGCAUUGAGGAAAUUGGGUACCCAUCCCUGAUCAACCAAGUCAAGUCCCGCCGCUGCGUGGAGGAGUACAUGAAGUACUCUGCACAGUUCAUGGAGGAACGAAAGUUUGAACAGCAACAGCCAAGAGGUAGCGCUCCUAUGAGCAAUGGGGUGGUGCAGCUUUUCACAUCUGGCUUCGUGCUUCUGUCAAGCAUGCUGCUACUGCAGUGAGGAAGAAGAAAAGGAUUCCUUUCAGCCACAUCCCAAAUAGAUUUCCCCUGCUUCCAUUAUAGCUGUAACAGUAACAGCCUGUGUAUCGAAUCUUUACAGUCGAAACGAUAGCUUCUAGAUUGUUACAGUCAAUUUUUCUGCCAAAGUAAAGUAAUCUGGAUUAAGUUUUAAAUACACUGCUUUUCAGAAUAUAUUUAAUUUACUGCAUUUUUGUUUUUAAUCCUUAAUGCUUGGUAAAGAGCAAAGCAGCUGAUGGAAUUGAUGGUAUGAAUUAUUAAUAUUGAAAAUAGAUAUGCUGUAUUGUUUGUCAAAAUCUGUUUGAGUAAAUUCAUUUGUGGAGUGAUUUCUAAAUUAUGUAAUUAGUGUAUUAUACAUCUUUAAGAGGAAUCCUUUUUGACAGAAUAUAUUCACAUUUUAGUUGUUGAGAUUUCCCUUUUCUCCUCUCUUGCAAGACUUUGCUCUUACAUAAGUUUGUGUAUGGAAGAAAAAUGGAGGUCACAGCUGUGAGGAAAUGGUCCAAAUAAACCAACUCUUUGGACUGGAAACACUUGACUGCCCUCCUGAUCCCACUAAAGCCAAAUCAACACUCAAGGGAAUAAAAAAAGCAAUUUUUGCCAAGAGGAGUGUUAUAAAGAAAGAAUACAUACAUAUUCAAUGUAUGUAUGCAUAACAGUGUGAGACGCACUGAGAAAUUAGAAAAUGCAGGUUUUAGUAUAAUUAGCCCUGAUGAUUUUCUGAUCAGUGAAUGCAGCAAAUCUAAAUACCUGGUCAAGCAUUCUUUGAUGUGCAACUUGAUUUUGUGGGAGGAAGUUGGAUGUAUUGAACAGUUUUUGUUUUCUUUGGAAGCCUAUGAUGUUCAUUCCAGCAGCAAAAGAGAGAUUGAAUGGUUGUACUGGUCAUUCACCAUGUUCUACCUUUUUUUUCCUUCUGCUCAGAUGAAUAUAAAAAACACAAAUUGGACAUUUUGACACAGUAAAUGGGUAAAUUGACUUGAAACAAGCAAAUACCCGAGUUAUAAGGCUGCGAGGUUUUACAGCAAAGUGUCUCUCAUGAAAGAUGCCGGAUGUAGAAAUGCUUUCAAGUCUUUACUCAACUUCCAAAUUAGGUUCACAUUCGCAAUAGAGUAAACAUAGUUAGCAUUUACCAGAGCUAAUGGCUAAUAUUAAAUACUAAAGAUGAUUUGAAAAGUCAACUCCACAGUCAUUUUGUCUUUAUUUUAAAAUACGGAAAUCUUGUUUUACAGCAUGUCUUUGCUUCUAAAUCUAGAGAAAAAUCAGCUAAAUUGGUAUCAGUAGAUCAAGGUUUUGCAAAAACUGGAAAGCGGAAAUAAAUUUGUAAUCUGCACGUCUUUAUAAAUUAGCUACAAAUUCAGAACAUAUAGCCUAGAAUUAUGAGAUGUUUCCCCUAUGAAUGUAUGUGUGAACUGUGUGGAAACUGUGUCAACUCUCAUUACAAGUAGUAGUUGAUUUCAAACCCCCUGCACUGCAAAGGUCUGAAGACUUUCUGUAAAAAUGACUUUCUUUCUCAGCUUUAUCCAUCUCAGACAUCUUGUUUGACUUCUGCCAGCUUGCUGUAACUUCCUGUUCUUCAUCUUUUAAGUUUUUGAUAAAAAAAUAAAAAAA